AGGCGCUGGAGCCAAAUCGGUGAGCCCAGUGCCGACUGCGAAAUCUGAGUGCUGAGCCGACUGCGCCGGAGAGAAAGCCAGCGGGAGCCCGGACCCUGACGAGCCCCUCGCCCCCGCCCGGCCUGGACGGGCCCCGCGAUAUGGAGUUCCUCUGGGCCCCGCUCCUGGGUCUCUGCUACAGUCUGGCCGCUGCCGACCGCCACACCGUCUUCUGGAACAGUUCAAACCCCAAGUUCCGCAGUGAGGACUACACUGUACACGUGCAGCUGAAUGACUACCUGGACAUCAUCUGUCCCCAUUAUGAGGAUGACUCUGUGGCAGCCAGUGCCAUGGAGCAGUAUACACUAUACCUGGUGGAGCUCGAGCAGUACCAGCUGUGCCAACCCCAAUCCAAGGAACAGGUCCGCUGGCAGUGCAACCACCCCAGUGCCAGGCAUGGCCCAGAGAAACUGUCGGAGAAGUUCCUGCGCUUCACACCCUUUACCCUGGGCAAGGAGUUCAAAGAGGGACACAGCUACUAUUACAUCUCCAAACCCAUCCACCACGCAGAAGACCGGUGCUUGAGGUUGAAGGUGACUGUCGACGGCAAAACCACUCACAGUCCUCAGGCCCAUGACAACCCACAGGAAAAGAGAAUUGCAGCCGAUGACCCAGAGGUGCAGGUUCUACACAGCAUCGGUCACAGCGCUGCCCCCCGCCUCUUCCCGUUUGCCUGGGCUGUGCUGCUCCUGCCCUUCCUGCUGCUGCAAACCCUGUGACGUCGGAUGCCACAUCUCGCCUAAGGACUGGAACAGGGCCGAGAAGGCCGGGGCAGGCACCCCUCGCCGAUCCUGGGGCACCUCCCCAAGCCCCAGUGCUGGGAACCACUCCCGCCACAAGCACAAGCUGCCACCCAGCAGCCUCAGAACGGGUCAGUAUUAAGGGUUUCAACCCACGGGAGGUCGGCAAGCCUGGUAUUGCCAUCCCUGCCUCCACCUCAGAAGGACGGACAAAGCCGGACAGUUCUUCCCCUGCCAUUCCGGCCCUUAAACCAAAACACAAAACUAUGGACGCUUAAGAAACGCGCGCGGUGGGAGCUGAACUGGAAGGGAUCUGGGGUCAUGUGGGAGGACACUGAACUUGGCAAAGACGCCCCUUCCACAAAGAGCCAGGAUGCCAGGAUGGACUGAAGGAAAAGCAGGAGCUUCCCGCCCGGGAGCCGGCUGGAGAGGCAGAACGCUCCGGCGGCCCCAGCCUCUGCCAUGUGCGGAGCUGCUGCGGAGAGAUCUGCAGCCAGCCCUGCACCCUCUACCCUGGGGCAGCACCCCCAAAGCGGUGCCAGCAGGGGGCUGUGCCCACCUCUUCCUGGAGUGUAGCUGUGAGGGCAGGGCCCAGAUGUACAGAAUUUGUAUAUAAAUAUGUUGUUUGUACUGGAAUUUUUUUAUAUUUGUGUCAAAAUAAAGAUGUGUCAGUCUU